GACUGUGUUUUCUAAAACAUUACGAGUUUUGCAUAAUGCCAGUAAAAGAUAUAGAAGGACUAUUUUUAAGAAAGAAAUUUAGUUCCUGAAAACGAAAAUGAUGAAUGAAAAAACGUACUGCAUCUGUCAUUCAACAGAUGGCACUGCAUUUAUGAUCUCUUGUGAUAACUGUAAUGAAUGGUUUCAUGGUGAUUGCCUUGGUAUUACAGAAGAAUGUGCAAAGCAAAUUGAUUUCUUUUAUUGCGAUUUAUGCAAGUCGCGUAACUCUGCAUUGAAAACUACGUAUAAAAGCUCAAAUAAAUCUGAAAAAUACUCAAAUAAACGCAAUCGGAAGAGAAAAAUCAAGAACAAACGAAGAAAAUAUACUUCGAAUGUUGAAAUAUCGGAAAGAAAAACCGAAAUUGAUCAAAAACGAUAUGUAAAAAUAUCAAGUCCGUCUUUACAGAUGGAAAUAGAUGAUGCGAAGGAUCUACAUGCGAAAGAAAUUAAAUCCAGGCAAUUGCCUGACAUGCUAAUUCCCAACCAUAAUUCAAAAGGUAUUGAAAAUCUUGAUAUUUUUUAUGCUAAUGCUGUAAAUCGGAAAGCUAAGAUGACUGCUUGUGAAAAUAUCAGAUCAGUGUCCCAGAAAGGAAAUAACACAGUUAAAAGAAAAGCUGCGACUGGAGAACGAAAACAGAAAAAGACAGAAACGGAGGUUAAAUCCAAGCAAUGUUAUGGUCCAGGCUGUGUUUACUCAGCGAGAAAAAAUUCCAAGUACUGCAGCGAUAGUUGCGGUAUGAAAUUAGCUACUAACCGCAUUCUAGAAAUUCUUCCUCAAAGACUUCAACAAUGGAAAAUUAUUCCAUGUGCUGCUGAUGAAUUGAAUAGAAAGCAGUUAACCGAAAUACGCAAGAAAAAACGCUUGAUUGAAAAUAAUUUAGAAGCAGUUGAAAAGAAAAUCGCAGAAUUUGUUAACCUCAUUCGCAAAUCUGAAACUUCUUUAGAAAAUAUAGAAAUAACAACAGAUUCUGAUGAUGAAUGUAAUUCUACAAUUUAUUGCAAACUGUGUGGCGCAGAAAUAAUGACAAAAGUAGCAACGAAACACAUGGAAAAUUGUUAUAAGCGACAAGAAAGACGACUUCUGUUAACUAGUUCGUCAUCGCCGCUUAAUGACAUGGAGUGGAAUAUAUUUUGUAAUCAUAAGAUGUCGCGUAAAGUUUAUUGUAAAAAACUCCGCGUACUUUGCCCAUUGCAUUAUAAAUCUCGAUCUGAAGAUGAACCAUGUGGAUAUCCAUUACCCAGGACAACAGAUUUUGAGAGUCAUUCAGGAAAAUUUUGUGGCCGCCUUAAAAAAAACUGUUUGAAGCAUGUAGCUUGGGAAGAAAUAAAUCGAGCUCAGCUGGAUAUGGAUAAAAUGCGAUUGCUAAUUCAGUUAGGUGAACUGGAAGAGGAGGAAGAGAAAGUUAGAAAAGCAAUGGCAGCUCGUGGGGAUUUGCUCAAUCUGAUGUGCCACCAGACUAUUGUUCACUGAAGGUAUACACACACUUGAAAAAAAAUACUUGCUUAGAAUUAAAAGAUAGUUGCUUGGUAAUAUAAUCAGAAAAUACGAAAUGUUUCGUACAUUAGAGUACUAAUUGUUGCCAUUAUUUUUGGAAGAAGGUUACCAGCUUAGCGUCUGAAUAUAGCAAAUAUUUCAUUAAUGGAUUCUCUAUGGAAUUCCAUGGAACUCUAGAAUCUUCCAUGGAAAAACUGAAAUGUCUGAUUACUAGGUAAUAUAUUCUUAGUCUAAAUUAAAUGUGAAACAUAUUGAACUUUAUUUCUUACAAUUGUACUAUCAAUCUUCAAGUACUUUGUUUAUAAAUAUUUGUGUUAAAAAUGACCUGAAUGCAGAUAUAAUUAUAAUAACCAUUUUAACCAAAAUACACAAGGAAUUGUGUUAUACAUUCUUAUACCAAUGUUUCCUAAAGUUCAUGUGCACUUUACCUAAACUUUAACUGUUUUGUGUAUUUUUAAUAUAAUUUGUGUGUAAUGCGUAUGUGUUUAAAUAGAAUUAAAUAGCAGUAAUCUAAAGCACAUAGCUAACAAGUUAAUAAUGCUAAAUUGCAGUUCGAUGACAAAGUAGUUUUUCUCACUUCAAGUAAUUUUUCACAGCCUUUGCUACAGUUGUUCUGCUCAGUAUGUUAAUACAAUAAAAUUAUUUGAAAGCGUGUUUACGUGGUGAAUUUG